AUGCUUGACACUGCCUUCAGAAGGAUGCUCAAGUGGAUUCAGAAGAAGCCGGCGACGAGCCCGCAGCAAACCGUCGACAUUUCGAGGCCCACCAAUCUGGUGGUGUCCAAACACAAAUUGGUGCGAACCGACGGCGAUUUUAUUCUGAUUAUGGAAGGCGAAAAGUGAGUUGGCAUCGGGAUCUUGUAAGCAAGUACCUCUUUCAGAGUGAUCGGUCUUCUCGACAAACGCGAUCUGGACAUGGUGGUGGUGCAGCCGAACCGCGCCGGCGGAGCACCACCCCAGUUCCCGGCCCCGCCACCGCCGUCCUCGAUCUCUCCGCCACCGAUCCCUACACCUCCGGCUCUGAAUCCAUAUCUGAUGCCGAGUGGUAGUCGGAAUUCGGGUACUCGUUCGACUUUUUCAGACGAUUGAGUGUUCUGUGAACUUUUUCAGAAUCUGCAUCGCUCACUUCUCCGCUGGGAAUCACGUCCGGCAAGUACCGCACACUUCCGCCGGGAUUCGCGUCCAAACAACAGUUUACCACUCCGCAUUUCCAAUGGAAUAUGUCAGAAGGAGCCGAGCCCCUUCAUUUCAAGGUUAGCCUAACCGUCUGACUGAAAAAAAAGCGCAUCAAAACUUCAGGCGGCCAGCAUCGGUGACCUCUUCUCGCCCAUCAUCACGAGCAGCACGAAUAAAGAUCGACCGCGAGCGGAGACGGGUCUUCAUCCGCAAGGCAGCCACAAAUACGAGACGGUCUUCUUUCCUCCGAUAGUCACCAACUCGAAUUCGGCUUCCGCUCGAUGCAACGUUGAAAUUCAUUUGGGAGACGAGCGAUGCCCGCCGCCGCCGAAUAGAACUCCGCCGAUGCCGCUGACAAUGUCGCCGUGCCGGUCGGUCACCGCGUUCUUCGCCGAAGAGCUGGAUUUCACAGAAGUGCAAUCGGUUUCAGUGCACGAUCCGGAUUUGGCGGCAAUGUCGAUGGAGGAGUUGCGGAAGCACGCCGAAGAGUUCGACUCUUUCAUUGAGGUUUCCGUUGCGCAUUUUCGUUUUUUCGGUUGACAAUAAUCAGCCGUCUUCAGGAUCAAAUCCAGCAGAAAUGGAGCAAGGAGAAGGCUGAAACAGAACGGUGGAUUCAGGAAAUCGCCGGAAAUGUGGCGAAAAAAGAGACAAUCGACACAAUUCGAGGGGCGAUCGGCAAAAAGAGAAGGCCGUCGAUAUAUGAGAUAUUUCAACCUCGUCUCGAGUCGCCGCUCUCCCCGGAUCCGACCGAUCCGGAGCCGAACAACGAUUACGAAAAGCUUUACGUCUCCAAACAAGACGCGUCCGUGAAAAUCCAAUCGACGCACGAUUCUGACUGUGAAAUUGAGGAUAUUCGAUUUUAA